GAAGACUUUGUUAUCUGUAGUUUUCCUGGCGUUUGUAUCAUCAACAAGGGGUGAAAGUCAAGGUGUAUAUAUCACCGAUACAUGGAAUGGAGGAUUCCACGGACAUUUUACUCUUAGUCCAAGUCAAGCAGUAGAUGGCUGGACAGCACAUUUGAAAUUCAGUAGUGCUGUAGACAAGUUAGAGACCUGGACAGCAAAUUUGGUUUCCACUAGCAGUGAUCAUACAGAGUUUGUUCUUACGAAUAAAGAUUAUGAUAAACACAUUGAUGCAGGAGGCGAACUGAAGGUCGAUUUUAAUGGACGUGCCAGUGGAUCUUCCGCCCCAACAGCCACUGUAUCGAUAGAAGGCGUCGAUGGAACUGGUACAGGAACAGGAACUGGUACAGGAACAGGAACCGGAACAGGAACGGGAACUGGAACUGGAACCGGUACAGGUACUGGUACUGGAACGGGAACAGGAACAGGAAAUCCCAUAACACCUGCACCAGCUAAAGGUGUCGCUGGCUCAAAAAUGAAAUACGAUUAUGGAAAAGCAAUGUCACUUUCUAUUAAAUUUUAUGAUGCUCAGAGAUCUGGAAGACUACCUGCCAACAACCCUAUCCCAUGGCGUAGUAAUUCUGCAGUUAAUGAUAAUGGUGACGGCCACGAUCUUUCGGGUGGAUGGUAUGAUGCUGGAGAUCAUGUUAAAUUCAACCUCCCUAUGGCAUGGUCUUCACAUGUGCUCACUUGGGGAUUGGAGAAAUUUAAGGACGCGUAUGAAAGUGCCGGUCAACUAGAUAUGAUGUAUGACAUGGUUAAGUGGCCACUAGAAUAUUUUAUGAAAUGUUGGGAACCAAGCAAACAGCAAUACUGGGUACAGGUAGGCGAUGGACAUAAAGACCACAGUUUCUGGGGUAGACCUGAAGACAUGCAUAUGGACAGACCUGCGUUCAAAAUAACGGCAGGUUCUCCAGGAAGUGACGUUGCUGGUACAACAGUUGCUGCAUUGGCAUCCGGAUAUAUUGUUUUCAAAGACAAGGAUGCUACAUUUGCUGCUAAAUGUUUGGAAAAUGCCAAAUCUUUGUAUACAUUUGCUAAAGCCCAUCCUGGUAUCUAUUCAAACAGUGUUCCACAAGCAAAAGAUUUCUAUGGAUCAAGCAGUUGGAAAGAUAAUAUGUGUGAAGCUGCUGUAGAACUGUACAAGGCCACUCAAGAUUCCAAAUAUCUGAGCGAUGCUAAAGGUUGGUUCAAUAGUGGAACUGCAUGGGGAUAUUCCUGGGACGACCAGAAUGUAGGCUGUCAGCUUUUACUAUGGGAGGCCACACAAGAAGCUACAUACAAGACAUCUGUUGAGGCCUUUGUGAAAUCGUAUAUGCCGGGUGGAUCUGUACCAUAUACACCAUGUGGUCUUGCCUGGAGGGAUCAGUGGGGAGCUAACAGAUAUGCUGCCAAUGCUGCUUUUGUUGCUGUUACGGCGGCUGCUGAUGGUAUUGGCGGUGAUUCUUACAAAAAAUUUGCCAUGUCACAGAUGAAUUAUAUUCUUGGUGAUAACAACAAACACAUGAGCUACGAAAUAGGAUUCGGUAGUAAUUUCCCAAAGAAACCUCAUCACAGAGGAGCAUCUUGUACUCAAAGUGGGUGUGUAAGUGACGGUCAAGAUAGUCCACAUCAACUUGAUGGUGCAAUGGUUGGUGGUCCAGGACGUAAUGACGACUACCAAGACAACAGACAAGAUUACGUCAAGAAUGAAGUAGCCUGUGAUUAUAAUGCAGGAUUCCAUUCAGCUAAUGCAGGUCUUUACCACUUUGCUGUGAAUAACCAAUUGCCACCAUCUCCUCCAGCAAAAUGUUAAAAUAAAAAAAUGGUGCUAAUUGCUGACUUAUUAGUUUCAAAAUCAGGAUCAUGUAUAUUAAGUGAACAGUGGUGUACUGUGCUACUGUUGUAGUUAAAAGUUUCAAA